CCUAGACCACAGCAUCAACUGAUCCUAUAUCCAAAAAAUAAAAAGAGGCGGGAAAAUUUGCAUCUCAAUUGGCGCCACAAGAGCCCUAAUCGAUCGACCUUCCAUCAGUAAUAUUUUUUUUUCCUUCAACGAUUUUCAUCUUCCAAUUUCUCUAGCAGAAGUCUUGUUAGAGGUAUCAUUAUUCUUCCCAAAUUUUCUCAGAUCUGAUUUCUCUAUCACUCAAAACACUAGUUUCUACCAGGUUCUCCCCAAAUUACCAUUUUAAACCUUACUUUCCUUGUAAAAAUGGACAUGGAGGGCUUAUCAAGUAUCUGUGCUAGUCUCGGCAUCCUCGAAGAAGAUGAAACAACGAAACAGAUGGUCUACACAAAGGGGGAGCAUUGUCUGGAUGCUUUGAAGGACUUACUGAGAUUUUUAAGACGGGACAAUCCAGAAACGCGAGAAGUAUUUAAGCAAGUUUGUAGAUGGAAUAUAGUUUCAAAGGACUUGAUUCCGAUCAUUGAACAUUGCCAACAUGAUCGGAAUUUGGUGCUAAAUGCUGUGAAAGUUUUAGUUUUUCUGUCAAUGCCUAUCGAGCCUUCCUCUAGUGAUAUCCCUCAACAGAUAGAGUAUCUUUGGAAUAUGAAGUUUUCUCUCACAAGCAGUGAUGCUGUUGCUGUUAUAGUUUCCCUUCUUGAAGGUCCACUUGAAAAUUUGGAAUGUGAAUUGUUCACGGAGGAUGACUGGAAAUUGGUCCAGCUGGUGUUAACCUUGUUUCGCAACAUUCUUUCCAUCCAAGAUAUUUCAUCUCUACAAAAGGCUGGCCAAUUUUUAUCACUGAGAGACAGAUUUCUUGAACUUCUGUUCCGUGAGAAUGUGAUGGAUUUAAUUAUUGUUAUAACUCAGCAGAUUGGUGGUUCUCGUGGCUAUCUUCGUCAGGAUAACUUGCUUUUGUUGGAUAUUUUCCAUUACAUAUUUAUGGGUCAAGACCCAGAGUUACUUGCCAAAGCUCAUUUGAAGCGUUCUGAGGAGGGUGGAGAUGCCAAGGCUUGCAUUGAUGAUCUUAAGUCCAUCAUGGAAGAGGAAGCAAAGAAAAGAAGGGUUUCAAGACUCCAGCAUACCAAUCGUCAUUCACAGUUCAGUGGAACUUUUACACGGUUCACUGUGGGUGGCUCUACAGUAGUGGUCAAGGGAAAUCCUAAUUAUGCUUCUCAAAAUACUCUGCUUAAAUCUCAUGGUGGCCAUGGGAUUUCAACAGGACAUGGUGAUCUACCUUUAAUGAGGAAAAAUAUUCUGGCAUUGCUUCAUGAUUUUGUGAACCAGUUCCUUUCUGGAGGCUACAAUGUAUUUAUGAAAUCUGUUCGUGAGGAUAUUGAGAAGGAACAUCACACAGUUCAGAAGGGUGACAUAAUUGUUUUCUUUAAGGUUGCUGAGUUUGUUACUUCUUUUCAGUAUCACAAGUGUUUGGCCUCGAAGCCAAGUGACGGAAAUGCUGCAUCUGAAGCUUCUGCUGAUAACUGUGCUGAUGACUCAUUUUUCCAAGGUGACGUAUGUGGACCAAUUGCAGCAUCAAUGAAUGAAUCAAUGUUCCAACUUGUGAUUUCAAGUUGGCGUAAUGCACUUGAAGGCUUGAAGGAAACUAAUGAUUACAAGUUUCUAUCUGCAGCAAGUUCUCUUUUGAAAAAUAUGAUUCGAAUGUGUAAUUUAGUGCUUAAAUUAUUUCCAGAAGAUUCUAAGGAGCCUCUGACAGCUCGCAUCCUUCUUUACAAGCUAUUUUAUGAUCAGACGGACCAAGGAAUGACCCAGUUCAUUCUGAAUCAAAUCAAAAUGUUCAACUCUCGCAAGCAACCCAAAAGUGAUCUUGCAGAUUUGGUAGAAAUGAUGCAUGUAAUUAUGCAACUCAUGGAGAAUCUUCAAGCACGUGGCUUAUUAAGGGUUUCUAGAAAAUCAAGGAAGGGAAAGAAGAAGAAAGCAGCGAGUGAAACUGUUACCAAAAGUAAACAGUUUGAAGACCAUGCUGCUGCACCUGAUGUGGAUGGUUCCUCAGUUUGUGAACGACCAGCAGAAUAUGUGGGAGAACAGGAAAGCCCAAUGAAGGUGGCAUCUGGUCUGAAAGAAGAUACUAAUACUUCUCCAUUGGUUGAUGGGCUAGGAACAUCUGAGACAAAGAUGGGAAGCCCUGGAGAUGUGCCACAGGUUGAUGAUAAUGCACCUGGGCAUGCUGAUGAUAAUCUUUGUUGCUGUACUGAUGAUUCUUCUGACGAUGAACAAGCAGCUGCUGUUAAUGAAGUUGAUUUUAAAGUUUCUAGUCUCAUUUCAGCUUUUGCAAACUGCAGCUUUAUACAAAAUUUGUGCUGGUUACUUAAAUUUUAUAGGAGCAAUUCAAGUAAUACAAAUCAAUACAUUAUAGGCUUGUUGCGGAAGAUAACUGAUGACCUUGAGCUUGCUCCAAUGCUUUAUCAGUUGUCACUCCUUGUAACAUUCUAUGACAUACUAGAAGAGCAGAAGUUGUCUCCAAGUGAGGACCAUGCAGAUAUUGUUGUCUUUAUUACUAGUUUAGUCAGAAAAAUGCUAAAGAAAAUGAAGCACCAGCCCCUUCUUUUUAUUGAAAUUCUCUUUUGGAAGACACGGAGAGAAUGCCAUUACAUCAAUGCUGAAUAUUUAUUACACGAGCUUGGCCAUUUGAAGAAAGGAAACAGAAAUCAGGAUAGUGUUCCAGGAAAUACAGAAGUUAAGUCCUCAGAGGCGGCCAAUGAAUGGGUUCGCAGAAGCAUAGCAGAUGCACUGGGUGACGAUGAAGCUGAUGUUGUAAUCGCUCAUGACAUCGGACAUCAGAAUGGGGAAAACUCCUUGGAAAAUGAAUCUGAAAAGAUUUAUGAAAGAAACAGAAGGUUUGUUUUCAAUGAUGAUAUGGAGGCAAAACUCAAGGAUCUCUAUGAGGAGUUCAAAGAUCAGCCAAACUGUAGCCGUCUUAUUGCGGAUUCCCUAGAUCCUUCUGGUGGAGUUUUGCCUGCUCAAGUUUCAAACAAGCUUAAACAGUUAGGACUUAAAGUUGCACCAAAGAAAAGGAUAAGGAAUGAUGGUAGAAAUUUCACUUCCAGUUCUGAUCAACAAGGGGGUGGAAGCACUCUUAAUGAUUCAAAUAAUUUAGAAGGAAGUUCACAGAGGCAACCUCUGAACACCAGGAAAAGAGUCUCUGCCUUUAGCAAGGAUCAGGAGGCAAUGAUUAAAGAUCUAUUUGAGCAAUUUAAAGACCAUAAGAGAUGUAGUUACAUGAUCGCAAAUGCAUUGGAUGCUGAUAAUAAGUUUACUGCUGCCCAAGUUUCACGCAAACUCAAGCAACUCGGUUUAUAUGUUCCUAGGCAGAAAAAGUCUGAAGAAAACAUGCGUUUGAGGGAUGAGGAACUAAAUGAUUUAUCUGCAAAUGAAAUGCAUGACUCUGACAAUGAGACAUUGCUAUCAUUUAAGAACAGAAAGAAGGAUAAUGGCGGAUUGUUCAAUCAAGAAUUUCCAGGACAGAACAUGGAAAGAGAAGCAUCAGAUGACGACGAUGAUGAAACUCUAAGCUCUGUUUUCAAGAAAACCAGAAAGCUCCCUUCGAAGUCAAAGAAUGAGAAGCUUGCUGCAGUAGCUACUGGGGAGAGGUACAAAAUCUCUGGAGCUGUAGUUGCAAAUGAUGUAACUGAAAGGGAUGAAAACAACCAGUUUACUGAGAUGGAUGUCACAUUUCACCAUGAUAGCAAAGAAGGCACAUCAGAAGCUGUAAAUCCUUCACCUGAGAAUAUCGAGAUGGAGUCGGCAGAUCAGCAAGUAGAAGAGCAAGUAGAAGAUGAGUUGGCUGAUUCAGGAGAUGAUGCAGUGAUUGUGGAAGCCUCCAUCGAUAGAAGGAGACGUAGAAUGGUAAUUGAUGCUGAAGAUGACGAUUAGUCUCUUUUAAGUCUUGUAUUGUAUAUAGAAAGUGGAUCACCGCUCGUCUCUGUUAAAUUUGAUCUUCUCUUAUGGUUAGCUCUUUAGUCACUCGAACCUUUUGCUUACAUAUGGGUGUAAUUGAGUCGAGUUAAAUAUAAAGUUCAAUAUUCGGUUUGAGCUCGAUUAA